AGUAUGAUUAGAGGCGUUUUAUCAUUUUAAGUGCGUGGGUUACACUUGCAUUACAGAAUAGUUUUAGUAAUUCGCCAUCAAUCGACAAUCACCAUACGACGAUCUGUUUGUAGACAUAAAUAUACGCUGGGAAAAGUGGAGGACUAUAAUAGUAAUACUCAGUAAUCAUUUCGAUGUGUUGCACACUUGUACGAUUAUGCUGGAAAUGAUAUCGACAAUUACAGUAAUGUUAAAAAUCGCUGAUAGAAUCGAAAAACAUCAAUACAAAAAUUGAAUACUUAUGAAAUUUAUUCAAACAAUUUGAUUCUAUUAAUAUGACUACCGAGAUGAAUGGAGACUUUAGCAUUAAUGAUAACCAGAUCAAAGUCCAAGCAGCAAAACCAGGGCAAACGAGUAAUGUAAAUUGCGAUAAAAUGACCAUAAAAACUUCCAGAGUUAAUGAAGACAAACCACUGUUAACUGGCACAGCUACAUUGUACAACCAAAAUGGAAGUAAUUUCCUUUCUCCAUCUCCUAGAACAUUACCUACUACAAACAUUUCUUGUAGUCCAAUGAGUGAAUCAUUGGGAAAAAAUGGCACUGAUGGUGGAUCAACAUCAGAUUAUAAUCCAUUGUUAAACCGACAAUUAGAAAAUCCAACAUCGAAUUUUGAUACCAUGAUACAUUUAUUAAAAGGAAAUAUUGGUACUGGAAUUUUAGCUAUGCCUGAUGCAUUCAGAAAUUCUGGAUGGCUUGUAGGUUUAGUAUGUACAGCACUUUUGGGAGCUGUUUGCACACAUUGUAUGCAUAUGUUGGUACGGUGCUCUCAUGAGUUGUGUAUAAGAACACAAAGACCAUCUCUUUCAUUUCCUAAUGUUGCAGAAAUGGCAUUUGAAUAUGGUCCACCCAAAUUACAGAAAUAUUCAUCUGCUGCGAGUAAAUUUAUUAAUACUUUCCUAGUUAUGACUCAACUUGGCUUUUGUUGUGUAUAUUUCUUGUUUGUAGCAACUAAUUUACAAGAGGUGAUAACUCAUUACUUUUCUAUUAAAAUGUCUGUUCAAUCAUAUUUGCUUAUACUAUUGGUUCCAAUGAUACUUUUGAAUUGUGUGAAGAGCCUAAAGUAUCUGACUCCGGCAUCAUUUUUAGCAACCAUAUUGACUGUAAUUGGAUUAGGAAUAACUUUUUUCUACUUACUUCAAGGACUUCCAAAAACAUUAAGUGUCAAAGCUUUUUCAUCUUGGCAACAGCUACCCCUUUAUUUUGGAACUGCAGUAUACGCAUUUGAGGGCAUUGGAAUGGUUUUACCAUUGGAAAAUAACAUGAAAAAUCCGGAAUCUUUUGGUGGAAUGACUGGUGUUUUAAAUACUGGAAUGGUCAUUGUAACAUGUUUAUAUACAUCAAUUGGAUUUUUUGGAUAUUUGCGAUAUGGAGAUGCUGUUAAAUUAGGAAGUAUUACAUUGAAUCUUCCUGCUGAAGAUUUGUUAGCUCAAUCUGUCCGGGCAGCAAUGGCAUUUUCAAUAUUCUUGUCUUAUGGUCUUCAAUUCUAUGUUCCAAUUGGUAUUAUAUGGCCUGCUUUAAAAGGAUAUUUUCACUCACAGUCUAGUCAACGUAAUGCUGAAUUGAGUAUCAGAGUGUUUCUCGUCACACUAACAUUUGCUUUAGCCGCUGCCAUUCCAAACCUAUCAGCAAUAAUUUCAUUAGUGGGAUCAUUUAGCAGCUCUGCACUAGCUUUGAUCUUUCCACCUAUUAUAGAAAUCAUGACAUUCUGGGAUCAUUGCUCUGGUAAAGAGUUUACACUGAUGUUAAUUAAAGAUAUUAUUAUUAUUAUAAUCGGUUUUCUUGGAUUUGGUUUUGGAUCGUAUGCUAGUUUAUGGAAUAUUAUUGAACCCAUAAGCAGUUAAUUUAGCAUUUCGUACAAAAUGCUUCAAGUAUCCACCAGUAUUUCAAUUAUUGAUCUUAAUAAUUUAUUGUCUUCCUAUAUUAAUUAUAGUUUUAUUUUUAUUAAUUAUACAAAGUAGAUAAUUGUGUUUAACUACUAAAUACUUUAAGUAUUUGUUUAAUAGUCCAAAAAAAAGAAUCAUUAUUUUCAAAUUUUUUUAUUUGAAAUAACAAUUACAUAAUAUUUAACUUAUUUUUAUGCUAAAUUAUUUAUCAUUAAUGUUUGCUGGUAUCAAAAUGUAUUUUAAAUGGUAUUAAUUAUCAUCUACUAUUAUAUUUUUAAAACGUAUUUUAAAUGUAAGACUUAUGAAAACGUAUCAACGAUUGAGUUCAUUGAUACAUCUUCAGUUCUUAAAAUUGUAUACUUCUUUUUUUUUUUGCCUGUUUGAUUUUAAUUAAACUAUUAAACUAUUAUAACUAAAUGUUUUACCCUAAACAAUAUAAUCUCACUUUUUUUUUUAACCACCUACGAUUAUGUGAUUAUUAAUUUUAAUAGUUAUAGUUAAAUGUUGGAUUUUUUAAGACUAGGAAAAAAGUCAUAAGAUAUACAUUCCUAUGUAACCAAAUAUUUGUUGCUUGAUAAUUAUACAUUUUAAUUAAUAAUAUUAUAACUGAUUUUUGUAUUAUUGUAUUUGAGAAUAAUAAAAAUAAAUAUGAUGACAUUUUAAUUAUAAAUACAGUAGAUUAUUAAAAACAAAAAGAACAAAUAAAAUAUUUAGAGAAUAUAAAUUUAACUAAUGUAAUGAAUAUUUUGAAAUAUUAAGUUCAAUAAAUUGAAGAUUACUGUAUUCAAAUCUUUAGUAAAUUAAUAUAUAUUAAAUAAAAUAAGUGGAUUUGUAAUAAAAUUAAAAUAAUAUUUCAUAUUAUAUUAAUUUAUUUGUUGUUAUUUUCAAUAUUAUAGUGUUUAAUUCAUUAUAUUAUAUAUCUUCGUUACUCUGUCCUAAGCUUUAAAUGUUUACUAUAACAAUACUAGCAUAGCAUAUUUCUUUUAUAAUUUAUAUUAAAUACUUUCAUUAUUAUUAUAUUAUAUAAUAUACAAAUUAUACAUAUAUGUUAUAUAGUUUAUAUUUAAGACUUACAAAAAUAUUAUUAUCAUUAAUAUAUUAUUAAACUAUGUUCAAGACAAUUUUGUCUUUCGUGUUAAUUGUAUUAUUGGAUUAUAAGAAAAUCAUGACAAUAAAUUUGCAACUAAGAUU